AUGCACCGUAUUCGCCUACUGGAAGCAACUUUGGCUCAUUUCCUCAAUGACCAGUACUCUAUGAACGCAGCCUUUGGUGGAGGAUCCCAUCCACUGUGUUAUCGACCACCAUCUCAACCUGGCAUUCAGUCGUCAACAGCUAAACCUUACUUGACUGUGAUUGGCCAUUCACUUUGUCAACUCCAACAGCAGGCCAUAUGCGUCAACCGAAUUGCUGAUCUCUCCUUGCUAGACAUGGAAUCAAGGAACUUGCUGAUGAUUCAUCGAACCGCCCAGUCCGCUGAUGCCCUACCACCUACCCUUUCAAAGAAAUCUGCUCGUAAGAGGAGUCGUGGACAAACGCUAGUCAACACGCGUCCGACAGAUCCUGGUCUCAUACAGUUGGCAAACGAGCGAGCGCUGGUAUUUGGAAUGCUGGAAGAAGGUCACAGUCUUUUGAGU